AUGACCGAGUCUCUAAAUGUGAUCGCCUUAAUAUCAGGUGGAAAAGACAGUUUCUUUUCAACAAUCCAUUGCAUUCAAAAUGGACAUAAAGUCAUCGCAUUAGGAAAUCUCCAUCCACCUAUUACGGAACCUCAAUCCAAAGAAAAUAUUAAUAGUAAUAUUAAGAAGGAUGAAAUGGAUCUUAAUAGCUUCAUGUAUCAGACGGUGGGACAUACAGUGAUACCGUUAUAUGAGCAGGCGUUGGGUAUUCCGCUGUAUCGACAGUCUAUUGUUGGGGGUGCUGUUCAGAAGGGUGCGAGUUAUGCUCAUGCGGAAGUCGGGAGUUCUGGGGCUGGGAAGUUGGGACGGGGGGAGAGUCAUAAGGGUGAGGAUGAGGAUGAGACGGAAUCUCUCGUUCCCCUGUUAAAACGCAUCAUGCAUGCACAUCCGGAGGCAAAUGCUCUCAGUACAGGCGCUAUCCUCUCCACCUAUCAACGAACGCGCGUGGAAUCCGUAGCAUUACGAAUGGGACUAAUUCCUCUAUCGUUCUUGUGGCAAUACCCGAGUCUUCCGCCUAGAAUGCAAAUUUCUCUUCUGCAGGAUAUGGAAAUAGCGGGAUUAGAUGCGAGGAUUAUCAAGGUGGCGAGUGGUGGGCUCGAUGAGAGUUUUUUGUGGGAAAAUGUGGCGAGUGCGAAGGGAAUGCGUAGAGUGGAGAGGGCGACGAUGAGAUUUAGUGUUGAUGGUGAUGGGGCUGUUUUGGGUGAGGGUGGAGAAUUCGAGACGUUGGUUUUGGAUGGGCCGGGUUGGUUGUUUAGGAAAAGGAUAGAGGUUGAGACGGGAAAUUCGAGGAUUGUUAGGGAAGGUGGUGGUUCGGCUUGGUUACAGAUUGGUGAUGCGUCUUUGGUGGAUAAGGAAAUUGGUGAGGAUGAGGAGAUUUCCUGUAGAGCGCCGGAAUUGCUUGAUCAGAGGUCGUUGGAGAUUCUGUCUGCAUUGAAAAGGAACAAGGAUUUUGACGACCUUUCUGAAUCAAGUAUGACGGACGGCGAAUCACCGACAUCGUCAGCUUGGGAGCUCAAAUCCCCUAUUUCCAACAAGGUUGAGAACAGUAACAUAUUACAUUGGACAAUUGUACCAGAAAAUGGUUCUGGUUCUGGUUCAUCAAUAUCAGAGGAAGCGGAAAAUGUUGUAGAAAAGAUAAGAGAGCGACUUGAUCAAGCAUCAUUAUCAACCACCUACAUCGUUUCCACCAUGAUUAUGCUACGCUCAAUGGAAGACUUCACAACAAUCAACCAGGUAUUAUCGACCCCAAAUUUAAUAUACUACACAUGA